AUGCCGUAUAUUAGUAGCAUUUAUUAUAUUUUAGAAUUGGUACAACAUCCGUUUGAAGGUCAAAUUGAUUCUUUCGUCGAACCUGCACCAACCCUUAAACUUACUGCUUACAAUGCAUUAGGGGCAAUAAAUCCCGAUGACAUACAAAUAUCAAACCUAAUUGCUGUAGCGUAUAUCAUUAAUUUACAAGACGAUAAUAAUGAAGAAGCAAACAGCAUUUGUAACAAUACAAACACAAGAAAAAAGAGCGCUUCAAAGAAAAGUCGGACAAAAUUCAAUAAAGAGAAACUUUACGAUUAUUGCAUAGAAACUCCGUAUAAAUUGAUGGAUCUUCAGAAUCGGAAUGGUAUCUAUUUUGUGUUUUCGGAGCUUAACAUACCCAAAUGUGGAAUGUAUAAGAUUAGGUAUCGAGUUUUUGAUGUUACGAGUCCUAGACUACUGACAUUCGACGGCGAAAAACUAUAUCCCCUAGACGAAAUAGAAUCGAAUCAGAUCGCAAUCUAUUCAACUGAGUUUCCGAUUCGAAAAAACGAACCGAAUGCGUUAUCAAUAUGGCUAAACGGACAGAUUACAUGGCACUGGUUGAAGCUGUUAGAUGAGAAAAUUGCCAAGCUUAAUUUCGUCCUUUAA